CCUCCAAACUACUUAGUCUCGAUUCAAGACCUCCACGCGGCGCUAGCGUUCACGUGUGGGGUUUGUGUCGAACCUAUCCUCCAAGCUCCAAGGAUCGCGCGUGCGCCUGCGGCCGGUGGCUAUGUAAAUGGACACCUCCUCCGUCUCUACCCAACAGACGGUAUGGUAUAUAGCGGUAGCUGCAAGACCAAGUGGCCUUGAGGGCGUGCUGAGUCUUCAGAACCGUCGCGACGCGACCGUGACGUGCGUGCGAGUCCUCGGCACAUCGCAUCUCACCCUAAAUGCUGUUUCCUCUGGUAUUCCUCGUCGGCGCCAUAGUCGUUGCCAACCAGACGUUCCGCUUCUUGGAGUUUCUCUGGUUCUACCUAUUCAGGUCUUCAUCCGUGCAGAAGUACCUGCGCAGGCCUGCGCCCUAUGCCAUCGUAACAGGUGCAUCCGACGGCAUUGGCAAGGCCGUCGCCCAGGAGCUAUUCGCAAAGGGAUUCAACCUGAUCAUCCACGGACGAAACGAAGAGAAGGUCCGAAGGGUUGUCGAUGAGCUCAAAGCCCGGGGUAGCGGCGACGUGCGCUACUUCAUUGCCGAUGCCGCGAAGAGCGGACAUGACUUCACCCAGCUGCUGAAGCCGUUCGCCGACCUAAGCGUCACACUCGUGGUCCAUAAUGUUGGAGGAACGUCCCUGACCGGUGGGAGAAUUGACGAAUUCAGUGACGAAGAGCUGGCCGGGUUCAUCGCCUGGAAUGAUCUCUUCCCUCUGCUCCUCACGCGUGCUCUCCUCCCCAAUCUACGGACCACCGCCAAAGACGGGCCCGUCCUCGUCCAAUUUAUCGGCUCGCAGGCGGCGGAGGCCUCCCCGCCCACGAUGUCGGUCUACGCAGCCACGAAGGCGUUCCUCGCCGCGCUCACGCGUGGGCUGGACAAUGACGAGCGGCUCUGGGGUACACCGUCCGGCGUGGCGUUCGAGUACCUCGCGGUCGGGUCUGUCGCGACGAACAGCAACCCGCAGAACGUCAGCAGGACUGCGCCGGCCCCCGAGGAGUUUGGAAGGGCGUUGGUGGGGAAGAUCGGGUGCGGCAGGAGACGUUAUGCGCCGUGGAUGAUGCAUGCGAUUAUGGGUUGGGCUGCUGGGGUGUUGCCCGAGGGGCUGGUCGAUCAGUCUGCUGCGUGGAUGGUGAAGAAGGUCUACGAGGGGCGACAAAAGUCAGCGAAGAAGGCAUGAUGUGAUGGGAGGCUGUAGGGUCACACAGGAGCACUGAGAAUACAUAUUGCUCGAUGUAGGUCCCCGGGAGACACUGCGAUGGUUUCAGUUGGACAGCUUACACUUGCACACUACUGUGAUUCUUUGCGACUAUGCGGUGAUUGCAGAAAUUUGGGGGCAGAAGAUGACGUUACUAGCAUGGCCCGGUUUUAUGCUAUUAUACCAUAAAUCAUAGGACAGCUUACCAAGUACCUAUAGCUAGCAUCCGAUGCCCCAAUCGCCACUGCUGACUCAAAACAUGUACCUUCAGGCCAGUAAGUGCAUAUCCAUGCCACCCAUUUCUUGU